GGGUCGCUCUAGGAAAAUCCUCCCGGUUUAUUAUUCUAAUCAGAGUCCUAGUCUUGUAAAGCUAUCUAUUCUCUUCGCUUAUUCUUUUCUUCUCCACACAACCACCUUGAUCGUCAUCGUCUUCGUGCUCGGUGUUCGUCCAAUCGCAAAAGGGUUUGUAAGGGCGUGGUUCUGAGUUUGAUCGUUGGGAGAGGGAAGAUAAGAUGUGGGCUGCUUCUUGCCUUGCGUCAUGUUGUGCGGCGUGCGCAUGCGACGCGUGCCGAACGGUCGUGUCCGGGAUUAGCAGGAAAUCCGCUCGGAUUGCUUAUUGUGGCCUCUUCGCACUCUCGCUAACCGUCUCGUGGAUUCUUAGGGAGGUUGCUGCACCUCUCAUGGAGAAAAUUCCAUGGAUUAAUCAUUUUCACAAAACGCCCGAUAGAGAGUGGUUCGAAACAGAUGCAGUGCUGCGAGUUAGCUUGGGGAACUUCCUAUUCUUCACUAUUUUAGCUGUUAUGAUGAUUGGUGUGAAAAAUCAGAAGGAUCCUCGCGAUAAGUUGCACCAUGGUGGAUGGAUGAUGAAAAUUAUUUGCUGGUGUGUUUUGGUGAUCUUGAUGUUUUUCCUUCCAAAUGGCAUCAUCAGCUUCUACGAGUCCAUUUCCAAGUUCGGCUCAGGAUUUUUCCUUCUUGUUCAAGUUGUGCUUUUGUUGGACUUUGUCCAUGGAUGGAAUGACAAAUGGGUUGGAUAUGAUGAGCAAUUCUGGUAUAUUGCUCUGCUUGUUGUCUCCCUUGUUUGUUAUGUUGCAGCAUUUGCCUUCUCUGGGCUUCUUUUUUAUUUGUUUACCCCAUCUGGACAUGACUGCGGGCUCAACACCUUCUUUAUCGUGAUGACCCUGAUCUUGGUGUUCGUGUUUGCUGUAAUCACACUCCACCCUGCAGUAGGUGGCAGCGUUUUGCCCGCUUCAGUUAUAUCUGUCUACUGCAUGUACCUCUGCUACAGCGGACUUGCCAGUGAACCAAGGGAUUAUGAGUGCAAUGGUCUUCACAAGCAUUCUAAAGCUGUCUCUACUGGUACACUGACUGUUGGGCUCCUUACAACUGUUCUGUCUGUUGUCUACUCUGCUGUUCGUGCUGGAUCUUCGACGACUCUGCUCUCCUCCCCAAGCUCACCUCGAGCAGGUGAGGACAAGCCUUUGCUUCCAUUGGACAAGGCAGAUGAGCAUGAAGAGAAAAAAUCAAAAAAACCAGUCUCAUAUUCCUAUUCUUUCUUCCACAUCAUAUUUUCCCUCGCUAGCAUGUACUCCGCAAUGCUUCUUACAGGGUGGUCAACCUCAGUCGGAGAGAGUGGUAAGUUGGUGGAUGUGGGGUGGCCAUCUGUUUGGGUCCGAAUUGUAACUGGAUGGGCAACUGCAGGUUUGUUUAUCUGGUCUUUGGUUGCCCCACUUCUGUUCCCGGAUAGGGAUUUCUGAGCCUCCUAAAGUGAAGUCCAGACAAUAAUGUGUCCGUUUGGAUGAUGGUACGUUUGCAUAUAUGUCCUGAAGAUUCUUAGUAAUAUGUGUGAUGUGUAAGAGACUGAAUGCACGCCUUAAAUUUCUUAAUAAGAACAAACUGGUUUGCAACUGCUGCUAGCCUGCUAUAUAUGAUUUGAUUUCUAUUGUGUACAUGCUUGCUUACUAAUCAUCAUCCCCAUUAUUUGUUUGUUGGGAAGAAACGAGAAAGAUCCGGAUCAAUGAAUGACAAAGAUCCCCAUGAUAGCCAGUGCCUUC